CUGUCUGUCCGUCUGACCAUGCACCUGGAGCCCGAGGCCCGGCCCGCAGCAACCGCGUUCCGUUCACAGUUCCAGGUCCGGAGGUUUUUGCCCAAGCCCCGCUGCAGUGCCGCUGGGCGAUUUAAUAAGAGAGGAGAGGAGAGAGAAGACAAGUAGCGCAGAACGCGCAGCGGGCGGACGGCCAUUGCCUUUUCCUUUUGCUGCUAAUAAAGAAAGCAGCAUCUCGGCUGUGCACCACCGGAAAAACAGACAGAGGGAACACCGCACCGAGACCCGCCUGGACCCGCUUCAUUGUCUGCGUUUGUCUCUUUGACUGCGUGGACUCUGUGCCAAGAUGUCUUUCUUCACCGUACUGUUGUUGCUGCCAGUCCUGUGCAGCAUCAUCAGCACCUCCAGCGCUGCAUCCUCAGUAUCCCGGAAGUGUGAGGACAGCUUGGCCACUCCUCUACCCUACAGCUCCUUCACCAGUUCAUCAGUGUAUGCGCGAGGAUAUGGAGCUGGUUACGCCAAACUCAAUCGGAAACAAGGCGCUGGAGGCUGGUCGCCCUUGGAUACAGACCGUUACCAGUGGUUGCAGGUGGACCUGGGUUCUAGGAAGCAGGUGGUUGCCAUAAUGACACAGGGUCGCUACAGUAGCUCUGAUUGGACAAGCAAGUACCGGCUGCUUUACAGUGACACAGAGACAAACUGGAGGCCUUAUCUACAGGAUGGAAACAUCUGGAUAUUUGAGGGGAACGUGAACAGCGAGGAUGUGGUUCGUCAUGAGCUACAGCACGCCAUCCUGGCUCGCUACAUCCGCUUCAUCCCAGUGGACUGGAGUAGGGAGGGACGUAUCGGAGUUCGUCUGGAGCUCUACGGCUGCUCAUAUUGGGCUGACGUGAUCAGUUUUGACGGCCACGGCAUCAUCUCCUACCGCUUCAGGAGUAAAAAGAUGAAGAUUGUGAAGGAUGUCAUCUCUCUAAAGUUUCGAACCACGGCUGGAGAUGGGGUCCUGCUCCAUGGAGAGGGACAGCAGGGAGACUACAUUUCCCUGGAGCUCCGCAGGGCAAGACUGCAGCUCAGUAUCAACUUAGGCAGUAACCAGUACGGUUCCAUCCAGGGUCACACCUCUGUCACCAGCGGGAGCUUACUGGAUGAUGACCACUGGCACUCAGUUGUCAUAGAGCGUUACCGUAGGAAUGUCAACUUCACUUUGGACCACCACACUCAGCAGUUCAGGACCAAUGGCGAGUUUGACCAACUCGACCUGGACUAUGAGAUCAGUUUCGGAGGGCUGCCUGUGUCAGUGAAGCCGAGCUCAGGAGGCAGAGACAACUUUGUGGGCUGCAUGGAGGGAAUCACCUACAACGGAGAUAACAUCACUAACCUGGUCCGCAGAAAGAAGGUGGACACCUCCAGCUUUCGUAACCUGACGUUCACGUGCGCGGAGUCCAACUCAUUCUCCGUCUUCUUUAACUCCACGUCCUUUCUGCGGCUGCCAGGCCAGAGUGACGGCGACACUCUGUCAGUCAGUCUGUCGUUCAGGACCUGGAACCCCAACGGGCUGCUUAUAUUCACAGAGCUGGCUGACGGCUGGGUGGAGGUGGGCCUGACGGAGGGCAAGGUCACUGUCUACAUGAAUGUGACGCAGAAGAAGAGCACACGUAUUGACAUCUCGUCAGGUUCAGGUCUGAAUGAUGGCCUGUGGCACAGUGUCCAUCUGAACGCAUUAGAGAACUAUGCUAUGCUGACAGUGGAUGGAGACGAGGCAUCCACAGUCAGAACAGCCAUCCCCAUCCAGAUCCAGACUGGAGGAACCUACUACUUUGGAGGCUACUUCCUGCACACUAACACCCGCUCACAUCAGCGCUCCUUCCAGGGCUGCAUGCAGAUGAUCCACAUAGACGACCAUCUAGCUGACCUCAGGGCUGUGGAGCAGGGCCUCAUCGGAACCUUUGAAAAUGUCAGCCUGGAUAUGUGUGCCAUUAUAGACAGGUGUGUUCCUAACCACUGUGAGCACGGUGGUCGCUGUUCUCAGACGUGGGAUACAUUCAGCUGCAACUGUAGCGGCACUGGAUACAAUGGAGCUACCUGCCAUACCUCGAUGUAUCAGCAGUCCUGUGAGGAGUAUAAGCACCAGGGGAAGAGCUCAGGGAGCUAUUGGAUCGACCCAGACGGCAGUGGAUCCAUCCCCCCCUUUAGGGUCAGCUGUGACAUGACAGAGGAAAAGGUUUGGACCACACUCAAGAACAACCUGUCUCCUCAGACAUCAGUCAGCAGUGCAGACCAGGAGGGAAAGGCAGUGCUGCAGAUCACUUACAAUGUGACUGAUGAACAGGUGUUGUCAGUCACCAGAAGUGCAGAGUACUGUGAACAGUAUGUAGCCUACGCCUGCCGAAUGUCUCGUCUGCUCAACACGCCAGAUGGCGUCCCGUUUACCUGGUGGCUAGGAAGAGCCAAUGAGAGGCAUUCUUACUGGGGAGGUUCAGGACCAGGGAUACAAAAAUGUUCCUGUGGUAUCGAACACAACUGUACUGACCCCAAACGAUUCUGCAACUGUGACGCUGACCUGCGCACCUGGAAGGAGGAUUCAGGCCUGCUGGUGUAUAAAGACCAUUUGCCAGUCAGUCAGGUUGUGAUCGGUGAUACAAGCAGAUCUGGAUCUGAGGCCAAACUGACAAUCGGGCCGCUAAAAUGCCGGGGAGACUGGAACUAUUGGAACGCAGCAUCCUUCACCAGCCCUGCCUCCUACCUCCACUUCCCUUCCUUCAGAGGAGAAACCAGCACUGACAUCUCCUUCUACUUUAAGACUUCAUCCACUCACGGAGUCUUUCUGGAGAACGUGGGAACCAUCGACUUCCUUCACAUUGAACUCAGAGGAGGCUCGGUGAUCUUCUUCUCUGUUGGCAUGGGGAGUGAGCGAGUGGAGCUCAGUGUCCGCUCGCCGGUGCCUCUGAACGAUGACCAAUGGCAUCGCGUAGAAGCUGAGAAGAACAUCAAGGAGUUGGUACUGCAGCUUGAUGGACAGUACAGAGAGGUCAGAGCUACCCCCCCACAGGGACUCACAAAACUGGAGUUCUACAGUGAGCUAUAUGUUGGUGCCUCGAGUGGGCAGAGGGGUUUCCUGGGCUGCAUGCGGGCUCUGAAGAUAAAUGGCAUGACCUUUGACCUUGAGGAGAGGGCAAUGGUGACUUCAGGGGUGAAUCCAGGCUGCCAGGGCCACUGCAGCAGCUACGGGAUGCACUGCAGGAAUGGAGGAAAGUGCGUGGAGCAGUACAGUGGAUACUCCUGUGACUGCUCCCUCACUGCGUACGAUGGACCCUUCUGCACCGAUGACGUGGGCGGCUACUUUGAGACAGGAACCUUGGUGCGCUACGACUUCCUGCCAGAGAGCAUAUCAGGUGUUGGUAUUCCUAGUGAUGCCAACCUGACUCAGGAGGAGCUGGUGUUCAGCUUCAGCACCUCCAGCGCUCCCAGCAUCCUGGUCUACAUCAGCUCGAGGACUCAGGACUAUCUGGCUGUGGUGCUCAGGCACAACGGCACUCUCCAGAUCCGCUACAGUCUUGGGGGUCUAACAGAACCUUACACCAUAGAUGUUGACCAUCGUAACAUGGCCAAUGGACAGCCACACUCUGUCAACAUAACUAGGAACUUACGGGAGAUACGACUACAGCUGGACCACUACCCAGUGUCCAUGUACACCCUACCUGAGGCCUCCGACACCCAGUUCAACUCAGUCAAAAGUAUCUUUCUAGGAAAGGUCUUUGAAACAGGACAGAUUGACCCCAUCCUGAUUGAGCGCUACAACACGCCGGGCUUUGUGGGAUGUCUGUCAAGAGUUCAGCUGAACAGUGUGGCACCCUUAAAAGCUGCCUUGCGCUCGGGCCUGGGAUCACCCGUCAGUACCCAUGGGAUUCUGGUCCCGUCCAACUGUGGAGCCUCACCUUUGACCAUCUCCCCCAUGGCCUCUGCUAGUGACCCCUGGCACAUAGAAGCUGCUGGAGCUGUUUCCCCCCUCAACGACGACAAGGCCAGUGGCGAUGGAGUGGAUCGCAACUCUGCCAUAAUUGGAGGCAUCAUCUCCAUAGUGAUCUUCACCGCCCUCUGCAUCAUGGUGUUUGUGAUACGUCACAUGUUCCGUCAUAAAGGCUCCUACCACACCAAUGAGGCCAAGGGAGCGGAGUCAGCAGACUGUGCUGACGCAGCGAUCAUCGUCAACGACCCAGCCUUCACCGAAACCAUCGAUGAGAGCAAGAAGGAGUGGUUCAUCUGAGCCCCUCUCAACAACACGGACACAUGACGUUAGGAUGUAUGUAGUUUUCUAAGCAUAGGGAAUAGUAGUGAGGUCGCCACCCGUGGAACCUCGAGGAUGUACUGAGCGGUUUAUUCAAAAACUUUAUGGACAAUGGACACCAUGGCGUUACAGCGUGGGUAUUAAAGCACAGGGCACGGUGCUGCCUGGCAGAGCCCGUGUGGAGAUGUGGAGCGAUUUAUUUUUUAACUUUAUUUACAAUGGACAGUGUGACAGGAUGAAUGCCUUCAGAUGGGGUAGAGGAUGGUGCCAUGUAGUUACAGGCCUUGGAUGAGUGAGUGUGUUCAUUAGCUUUUAUUUUAAUAUUUCUUUAUAUAUUUUUAUUUGAUUUGAUUUCAGUUUAACUUAUGUAAUUUAUUUAUUUAUUUAUAUUUAUUAAUAUUUAAGUCAUAUAUUUUUUCAUGAAAGUUCUUUGUUUGUGUUUAUUUAUUUUUAUAGAUUCAUAUAUUGAUGCCUUUUGUGUGUUAAUUGUAAUGAUCAUUAAUUUAUUGUUCAUUUUAUAAUCCUCCACAUCUGUAGCAAUGCUCAUAAAUUCUAGUUUUUCAGAUAUUUUUUAAAUAUCAAAUCUCUGUUGAUUUGCCUUAUUUUACAUUCAUUUCAGUAAAGUUUAAUUUUAGCCUGAAAA